UUGACUUCAGAACCAGCAACCAGCCAGCCGCAGCCAGCCGCAUUCACCAACGCACCUCGCUCGACUCGCUCGACUCUCUGCGUCUUCGAUUGGGAACCACUUCCUUCUUCUCCCCUUACAUCACCAGUCAUGCCUCCAAAGCGCUGCCGCUUCUACAAGAACAAGUUCCCUGAACUUGAGGAUGUUGUCAUGGUCGAGGUCAAGUCCAUCGCAGAGAUGGGCGCAUACGUCGAGCUCCUCGAGUACGAUGGCGUUGAGGGUAUGAUCCUCCUCAGCGAGCUGUCACGACGCCGCAUCAGAUCCAUCAACAAGCUCGUCCGCGUCGGCAAGACCGAGGCCGUUGUUGUCCUUCGUGUGGACGAGGGCCGCGGGUACAUUGACCUGUCCAAGCGCCGUGUCAGCCCAGAUGAGGUUGCCAAGUGCGAGAACAGAUACAGCGAGGCAAAGAUUGUCAACUCCAUCCUCCGCACCGUCGCAGACGCCACAGGCUACGACCUUGAGGAGCUGUACGAGAAGACGGCGUGGAAGCUGGAGGAGGGCGACAAGCCCGGCUCAUCGUACCAGGCCUUCAAGAAGGCCAUUGUUGAGACACCUGAGCUGUUUGACACAUUUGGUCUUCCGGAGAAUGUGAAGGAGAAGCUUGUGGAGAAGGUCAAGCACAGGCUCAUGCCCAACACGGUUAAGAUCAGGGCGGAGGUUGAUGCGCAGUGCUACGCGUACGAGGGCAUUGAGGCCGUCAAGUCUGCACUCAAAGCUGGCCUCGAGGAGUCCACAGACGACUUCAAGAUUCAGAUCAACCUGAUUGCGCCGCCGACGUACAAGAUUGAGACGGUUGCGCUGGACCGCAAGUUGGGCAUUGACGCACUCAACACGUGCAUUGAGCGCAUCCGCUCUGAGCUCGAGGCCCGCGACGGCGAGCUCCAAGUCCGCAGCGAGCCGCAAGCUGUUAGCGAUGAGGAUGAGAAGAAGCUGAAGGAGCGCAUGGACGAGGCUGGCCAAGAAGAGGAGGAAGAGGAAGAGGACGACGAGGAGUAAACCCCUCGCGCCACACUCGCUCUCUCUCUCUUUGACAUGCAGCACCAACCAACCAACCAACCAACCAACCAACCCCCUUCACUAGCAUCUAAGCUCCUGUGUGGCUUGUCCCACUCGUCGCACAAUUCACAGCAUCAAACCGACCCAUCCAUCCAUUACUCUGUGCUCGUUUGCCUUGUUUGUUUGCUUGGUUCCUUUCGUCGCCAGCCCUCACAGCGGCAAGCCAGCCAGCUUGAUUGUUCUUUUCUCGCCUUUUGCUUCCUGCCUGUUGUUUGUCCUCACCUGUAAUCAUUUGCACGCGUGCAAUAUCAGGGCCCUCUCCUUCCUUGUUGUUUGCUUGUUUGUGUGUUUGUUUGUUGUUCUCGCCUUUCAUGCCGAGUGUGUGAUGUCGUUGUUGUCGCUCGUAAAAGGCCCUUCCCCGCACACUUCCUGUCAACCACCACCACCACCACCACCACCACCACAGCUGCGGCUGUUCUUGGCCUAAAGUUUACUCGAUGCGGUCAUCAAAGCACACACACAUACACACAUACACAUACAUAC